AGUUUCACGGUCCGUUACGAAUGCAUUAUUCAGAUAGGUAUCUAUAAAUGAGACGCGUUGUCAGAAAGGUUGAAUAAUUCUCAUCGCGAGUAAAUUAUUUAUAAAUACGUUAUUCAUAGCGAGAAAUGGAAAUAUCGCGUGCUUUCCCUUCGCUGCCCGUGGAGAAAAAUGCUCGAACUGGUGGUACCUUAAAUGAUUGUUUGAUAAAUAAGAAAGAACGGGUCGAGCUGACUUCGUUGUUCUCGCCAAACCUAAUCGGAUCCUUUCCCCUUUGCGAAGCCGGGUAAUUUCAUCUCUUCGAUUGGACGACAGAAAACUUAAUUACUACGCUCGCUCAUCGCGGCGUACCCCCCCCCCCUGCGGCAAAGCAAGAGUUCCGUCUCGAAUUCCGGCCAUCCUUGAUGGAAUUUCCAAAGCGAGUUACGCUCCUAUUGAACCGCAUCAUUCUCUUCUUCCAUUUCGUUGAACAUCGAUGCUGCAUCACGCGGUACGCCGACGUACGCGUAUUUCCGCAUACACUCCGCUUUUAACGUCGUUUUAAUGACCUCUGCACGCAGGUACAUCAUGCGUCCGUCAUAAUUUUACAUGCCUCUUUUUUAUUUGCGCCUGCACACACGAGAGAGGGAGAGAGGUGGCAGUUAAAUUUCACUUUCACUCGGACUUGCACCUCGGACCUUCGCCGAUUCUGGUGACAGAGAAGGCGAAGUGCGUGCGUAGCGCGUACGCAUCGAUGCGUCUGAUACGUUACAUACGGGCGGACACGUUUAAUUGAGUGAAAACAUAUAUAUAUGUGACGUGGAUUAAUCGUCACUCAUGAGAGAGGCGCAGAGGAGAAAAUUGCUCGUCCGCUCUAACGGUCUCUUACCCUUUCGUCUGGUGUAAUGAAAAGAUCUCCUUAUAAUUGUAAUAUAUUGCCCUGUCUUCGCGAAAAAAAGACGCGGUUGCGGAAUCGUGGUGUCGGUACAUCGAAGCGUCGGUACUUUAUGAAUUAUUUACGUGACUUUUGUACCUCUUCUACGAAAACCGUGAAAAACUGAAGAAAGAACAGUGAUAUAAUUCACGACAUUUUCUAAAACUCCAUUAUGUCAAACUCCUUAUUUAUGUAACGAGGGAUGACUCGUGUGUGCUUCAAUGUACGAUACUGUAUAGCGACUAAAAAUGAUUCUCUGAAAAUGCAACUUUCUCUGUUUCACGCACCUCAAAGAUCCGCCAAAUUGCAUUCAAGAAGGCUGAGAUUCAGCGGGUAAAAGUACGAUCUUGCAAAAUUGAAAGUGAUUCGCAAUGCCGUUGCUAAUUAUUACCGUCAGCACGUUUUUACAUUCCUCGAGGAGUAACUAGGAGAAGUUACAUUCAUGAAACACUUGUAACUGCGCCCACCAUUCAAAUUCAAAUAGCGGAGUAAACAAUGCUCCUCAUUCAAAUUCCAAUCGUCAGAAAUGAACGUCAAUGUCUCUCAGUUAUGAUAAAUAUCAUCUUAACAUAUCCGCAAGACGUCGUGGUACAGCUGUUCUCUCGAUCCCUCAUUUCUCUGCUCGUACCAAAAGCGCAAUUCGAGUUAACUAACGUCAAAGCAGCUUGAAUAAUCAUGACAAUCGUCUGCGUCAUUAUAAUGUCCGUGCAAGGUGUCCUCCUCCGUAUCGAGGCGCGACAAAGCGAGACGGAUGCGGGACAGCCGGUCGGUCGCCCACUCGCUGUCGGCUGUCUGGAAGAAGAUGUGCGCUCGCCUUCCUCAUCGGCAAGGAAUGAAUUAUCGAAUCAAGGUGCACGUGGGGAGAGAGAGAGGGGGUUCGGAACACCGGUAGACCAAGGUGCUCGUCCGGUACGAGCUAUGCAAGUGGGGAUGAAGGCCGCUGGCUUUGCUCGUGCAAGCACCUCGACGGUGCACACCUAGACCCACAUAACGAGAUACAGUACGCUACAACGCGGUAACGACGACUUGGUGCAUCGAGAUGUGCACUUGCGACCGGUACUUGCAACGACGAUCUGCCGUUUCCUCACGCGAAUCGAAAUAGGCUUCUCAGUAUCUCAACGUUCGCAAGAUGCGAACAUUGUUUCGCGUUGCAAAAUUGAAUGGGACGAGAGAGAUAUUUCCCUGGCAUCCACGGCGUGGUGAAGUAAUAUAGUGGCAAUCGUCGCAAGUUUUUAUUUAUGGACAAAAAGUUUGUUUAGUGUGAGCUCAGCAGGGAAGCAUUCAUUCAUUUUUCAGAUCUGGAGGAUUACAUCAAGCUUGUGACAUUUUAAGUAUCUUAGAAGAUUAAUGUGCUUUGUAAUUCAUUCACCAUUCGCUCAUAACUUGAUAAAUUUCGUGUCGAUUCGAACUGCGUUUCAGGUAUCACUGAUCCUGGUAGCCGCCCAGAGAUGUGGUCACUCACGCGGCUUUUCCUCCUAGCAGCGAUGCUCGCAUUGCUGAUCGGCGCUCGCGUUAUCAGGUCUCGCGUUAUCAGGUCGCAGCGUCCGCGACUCGGUGGCGCCGUGAACGUCUUCAGUCGUUACGGCUAUCUGAGCAUCAGCAUGCGAGUGGUGCCGCGUAACGACACGGAGACCUGGAUAUUCCGCGAGCCCACCCUCGACGUUUUUAAGAAUUCCACGCCGUUACCGCCCAAGCAACAGCAUGCAGGCAAAACCAGCACUGCCAUCUUCGACGGCGACUUCCACAUGGAGUUUUGCGACAAUAUCAGACAGCUUCUACAAGCCUAUUUCCGCGACUUCACUUUCGAGAAGCUCGAGAGACCGUGGCGUGCCUUCACUGGUAGCUGGUCGAAGACGGCCAUAGCCAGGCACCUCGGCAUAAACUCGUCCUUCAUCACGGGCGACCACUGUUACGUUCUAGUGCGUGUCGCCAGAUUCCGUGAUAAUCAGCGACUCGCCGGCACCGCCGAGACUCUCGUCCUCGAUGACUCCGUGUUGCGGCAAACCGAGAACGUCACGGUCGGCGAUACCGCGAGUGUAGUGCGGUUCAUCAGGAACUUCGGUUCCCAUUACAUCGCUUCCUAUAUCACGGGAAAUUCGCUUUAUCAAGUAUUCGUGUACACUCCUCAGGUAUACUCCCGAAUAAAGGAGCGACUGAAGACACGGGGAGUCUCGGAGCUGUCGACUCUCGAGCUAAGUAAUUACUUUUCACCGUGGUACGCGGAACAUAUGGGUUCCAUACAGUCAGCGAGCGGCAAUCGUAGCGUGGAGACAUGGGCCGUGCAACGUCUUCGAGUACAAUAUUAUAUCUUCACUUACGCCAGUUUACUAAAGUUGCAUGGCGACACCGCGUUGCUCAAGCAACUGGACAGUCUGUUGGGCGACGAAGCGUUACUGCAAUUACAAUUGCGGACAUUGGCGCCCGCUUUCAAGGAUUCGAAAAGACGUCAGUGGUUUCUGGAAGUGAUCGACAAUUAUUUCAAGCUCUGGGAGGUGAAUAUGUGAUGGCGUGUCGAUUGUAGUUGGACAGAAAAGACCGAUUUUUAAGAUAUCGAUCGCUCGCGCUAUCAGUGUGAGAAUGUGACACUGAUUUCGGCGUGUUGUUGGAAUCCACGGUGUCUGUGGGAAUAAUCCAGCGACCGUAGUGAUACGUCGAUGCUAACUAUAAAGGUUCCUCGGACGGAUAUAUCCUUCUGCCACAUAUACAAUAAUGCAUAAAUGCUGUUAUUGUUAUAAAUAAGUAUUUAUUAUUGUAAUCAUUAGAAAACAUCUUUAUACAAAAUAUUUUUAAUAUAUCACAAGCAUUAUUCGUACGAUCUGACUGAAGAACAUGGUGUUGCAAUAUACCGCAAGUUCUUUACUCGAAAUCCAUACGACGUACAAGAUAUAGCGACAUGAAUUUUAUACAUGAAAAAAGAUUUGUGCGUUUUGUUUUAAUUCAAGAUGCAUUAUACAUGCAGAUCGGGUCAAUGAAUCAUUAGUUCGCUUUAAAGCAAAAUGCGAAUUUACAUGUAGGUAUUAUAGUAAGUUCUGUCUUAUAGUAAGUUCUGUUUUUUUUUUUAUUUUUUUUUUUAUAAAACCAGAGAAUGUUUUUUCUUAUACAUUUCUCCAUAUAAGUUGUUAAAAGACGACGUAUUCGCAAAUGAAUUUAUAUUGCGAUUAUGGACCAAUACUAUAGGAAAUUUUAUAUUAUACACAAAUCAACCUAUUGGCAUUGCAAACACAGUUGAUUGGGUACAAAUGA